AUGGAGAACUCAUCUAACAUUGUAGUGUUUAAUCUUAGUGGAUUAAAUGAGACCAGACCACAUAAAUAUGUUGUUUUUGGUUUUACUCUUUUUUUUUACCUCUUGAUCAUAUUUUUGAAUCUGACUCUGAUUGCUACAAUCCUUCUAGAGAAAUCCCUCCAUGAGCCCAUGUACAUCUUCAUCUGUAACUUGAGUGUCAACACACUGUAUGGAACUGCUGGUUUCUAUGCUAAACUCCUGGCUGACUUUCUGUCUGACACACAUGUAAUCUCAUACGCGGGAUGUUUGAUUCAAGCCUUUGUAAUCUACUCAUCUCUUCUGUGUGAAUUCACCAAUUUAACAGUGAUGGCCUACGACAGGUAUGUGGCGAUUUGCAAACCUUUAGAGUAUCAUUCUAUCAUAAAUGCUCUUACUGCUGGAAAAUGUGUUGCAAUUAUGUGGAUUUUUGUGUUCUCUGAGGUAACGGCUCAAGCUAUGUUAACUCUCAGACUGCCUUUAUGUGGGACUCAGAUUGACAAACUCUACUGUGACAACUGGUCAAUGGUAAAGCUGUCCUGUGUGGACACGACUGUAAACAAUAUCUUUGGAUACAUUGUAUUAAUAACUAAUGUUUCGCAAGUCUUUUUUAUUGUAUAUUCAUACAUCCAAAUUAUCAGAGUGUGUGUAAAUUCUGGUGAAGGAAGGAAUAAGUUUAUUGAGACCUGUUUGCCACAUUUGAUCACACUGAUUAACUUUACUGUUGCCUUUGUCUUUGACAUCAUUUAUGCUAGAUAUGGCUCCAGGAACACACCACAGAUUCUUCGCAAUAUCAUAGCAGUGGUGUUUCUAGUCAUCCCUCCUCUUCUGAAUCCCCUUGUAUAUGGAUUGAAUCUCACUCAGGUCCGCAUAAAUAUUAAGAAAUGGUGUAACAGAAAAGUAGACACUGAAAGUUCAUCAAAGUGA